CAAGUAUUUCACGCAUUUCUUGUCUUUCAUUUGUUCAGUUCUGGAGCCAAUGUCAUCGAUAUUACUUCGCGACCAUUAUACUUAAUUAACAUGACCUAGUAGUAUCUUUACAAGGGUUUCUUCGUUUAUGAUGUUUUUUUUUAAUUCUAAGCAUUUAUAUUAUUGUUAUUAUUAUUAUCAUCAAUAAAGCGACGAGCUGGCAGAAUCUUUCGCUCGCUAGUGGAAAUGCUUGGCGGCGUUUCUUCUGUCAACGUUCUGAGUUCCAAUUCCGCCGAAGUCGACUAACUCUUUCAUUCUCUCGGGGUUGAUGAAAUAAGCACCAGUUACGAUGAUUUCGACUUAUCCCAUCCACCAAAAUUUCAGACCUUGUGCCUAUAGUAUAAAGGAUUAUUAUUAUAUUUAAGAACCAAAAUGUUUCGUCCCAGACCAGCCGCACUAAAUCCGUCUUUGUAUAUAUCUGGAACCAUAUUGUUCAAAAUAUCCUUCCUACUUUUUUGAUGAUGAUAGGGUGUGAUCUCAGGAAGAUUUUUGCUGCUAUUUCUUUUUAACUUGUCGAGCAUCUUCAUAGUAUCUCUUCCUCGAAACCUGUCUUUGCAUUCCUGAACUUUCAUAUUAGCAUUGACAUUCCCUCAUCAAUCUCUCUUUAACAUUUGGUAGUUCGGUCUUGUUGGACUGGUUGAAUCUAAUGAAGCACCUAUUUGUAUAACUGUUUGGCUUUCAGAAGAAUUCUACUUCACGCACAGCAUAUAACCCCUCCAUAACUUAUUUAUUUUUUUGAAUUUUCAGAAAAUUUUUGUGAAUUUGUGUUCUGCACACAGGAAUUCAUAUGACUGUGCAAAAGAAAUUUUUUGUUAAUUUUUAAUACAGUUUUAAAUACGGACCGUCCAAAUUUUUAGCUUAUAUCCUAACAAUAGACCAUUAAAUGUGUUUACGUGGAGACAGAUAUAGAAAAACAUACGUUAGUGACUAACAAACGAGGACGGUUUGAUGUGGUCCAGUUAAAUACCCCUUAAAUGACACAAUUUUUUUUGCAUAGUGGUAUUUGAAUUACCGUGUGUAGAAUACAAAUUCGCAAAAAUCUUCUAAAAAUUCUGUAAAAUAAAAAAAGUUGUGAGGGGUUUUAUGCCGUGCGUAAAACAGAAUUCCGCAGUUAACUGAUAUAUUUUCUUUUUCUUGUUGGAUUUAUAUUCAGUAAAUUUUAAUGAAUAUUGAUAAUUCGGAGCUAAUUGAAAUACUGCAGAAUAUGUCUAUGCAUUGUAAUGAGUACUUUAUUACAAUAAUAACAUUGAAACGAAAUAACGCAUCAGCAAUUUGUUGGUACUUCACAAUAUUCUUAAAAUUACAAGAUAUACCAACGAAAAAAUAAAAACAAUGAAUUGAAUUAACAAAAUUUAUGAAUGAAACAUACAAUAAACGGCAAAAUAUUAAUAUUAAUGUUUGCGUAUUUGCUCUGCAUUGAUAAAAUUAUUAGAUUACCUGCACAGCAAAAUUACCAGUUAUGUAAACGAGGAAAAGGAAAUAAUUAAUUUGAUAAAAAUAAAUAAAUAUGCUUGUCGCCUUGUGAAUAGACUACCUAUCAAACGAUUCACAAUUAUUUCUAAUACUAAAGAGACUUAUGUAAAAUGGUUUCAAUUGGCAAUUGAAACCGGGUCGGACGUGGUUGUUCACUGCAAACAUUCCUCUACCCGUGUAUCCGUUUUUUGUUAUUAUUUUUCUUUUCUCAAAGUUUAUUAUUGUAGAAAUACUAGUUUAUGUUAUGAACUGAAUAGAUGGGCAUUGUAGUUUUUAAUUUCCUGUCUUCUCCCCUCUUAAAUAAGAUUCUCCAGAAGCCUUCUAGUAUUAUUUUGCAUCCACGUUACGUUGGGAUCGAUUUACUUAACGGCCCCCCACCCCAAAAAACCUCCGACUUUGCACUCUGUUCAAAGAAGUGUAUAUUUAUAGGCUGAAUGAAACUGCAUGAUUUAAUCGAUACAUUUCUUAUAUAGACUUCAGGUUUUCCUUAAGGAGAGGAAAUAAGAUUGUGAGAUAGAAUAACUUUGUCCAGCUGUCUUAUCAGUCGAAGGGUUACGCUUAGGACAGGAAGCCGGUGCGUAAAAGUUACACAUGGAGAGAUCAUCUAAUAUUGGGUCAGUAACAAGGGGAGAUAAUUACCGGAGUGAAUUUUUUUUUCUUUAAUCCACAGAAGGAAAUAAUUUGCGUAAUAUUUAUAAAUAUUUAAAGAAGUUGUAAGUUGUUAAUUAUCAUUUACUGUUUUGGAUCUACUGAAUUCUUUUUAUUAGUUGUUGUUGAGAAUAUACCGACAGAUGAUGAAUGCAGCAACACACUGCAACAGCGCAAGUCCCCCAGCUGACGACCUGUAGAUAAGAUCUGAUUAAGUUGAAAGAAGUGAUGGUAGAGUUGGAAAUCACAAAAUUAAACAAUUUUGCAUUAUGGGAACACAGAAGUUUGUAUCUUUAAUAUUUACAAGGGAGAAUGCUGAAAGAUUUCAGUGUAUUCGUGAUGAGAUGAGCCUUGAUGAAAAUGGAUUAUUAGAAUUUUUCUUCAAACUCUAUGAUAAAAAUAAACUUGAGUUGAAGAACAAUUUUUUAGAGUGCAUUGAUCCUUGUGAGAAGGUUACUGUACAGAUUGAAAAUCUUAAUGAAAGUUGCCAUGAGGUGAAAGAUGAGGCUAGCAUAAACCACGAUCAGUACAGCAAUGAACCUGUGACUCUGGUACAGCCAAACUGGGAUCUCUCUGCUACUGGUUCUCAGGCCAGAUUGGUUGACCAGGAAAGUGGAGAGACAGCUGAAGUACUAAUAAGCCUACAACACUACCAGGCAGACGAUCGUGCUAUGUCUGGCAGUGUUUCUAAUGAAAGUCAUUCCCAAGAGUGUAAAAGAACUACAAUAUCUAAUGGUAGUGAUGAUGAUGAUGGUGAUGAUGAUGGUGGUGGUGAUGGUAGUGGUGGUGGCCAAGAUGAUGCCUCCACUGCUGCGGACUCUUUAAAAGAAGAAACAGCAAAAGAAGAACUGGCAAAAGAAGAACUGGCAAAAGAACAGUUGCUUGAUUCUAGUAUUGAAGACAAAAUUGCAACAAUAUUUGAACAGCCUGCUGAUGUUGAUCCAGUUUGUAAUUCGUUAAGUUCUCCAGUUUUAAAUUCUGAAAAAAAUAUAGAUGUUGCAGAGAAAGUAGACAAUUCUGUUCAACCAAAUGGUGAAGAAAAUAUUCUAGAAGAAUUUGUAGUUGAGUCAUCUGAAUGUAAAGAACAAGAUACGAAUGGAACCAAGAAAAGUGAUAUAAAAUCUGAUUUACCUGAAGAAAGUGAACCAAAACGUAAAAGAAGAAAUGAUGUUUGGCUCAGUAGAAUUCAAGAUGCUGAUUUUGAGGAACGCCAUUACAAAUGCAGUUAUUGUUCUGCUGCUUUUUUUCACCCUCAUCAUUUGCAGCGCCAUGAAAAGCAACUUCAUAAAUUAGGGAAAGAAGUGAAACCAAACCAGUGUAAAGACUGCUUUAAGACAUUUGCAACUAUGUUGACAUUGAAAUUCCAUCAAGAUUUUGCAUGCAGGAUGGUGCGACGCCCUCACCGUUGUUCACUGUGCCAACUUGGUUUUAAAUCUUCUGAAGAGGUACGCGACCACAAAUGCAGCAGUAAUCCAUCAAAGCCACUUUGUUGCCUACAAUGUGAUUAUCGGACAGGAUCACCACGGGAUUUGGAACAUCAUCUAAGAAUUCACACUGGGGAAAGAUGCUACAAAUGUGAUCUUUGUGAUUUUCGGACUGCAUGGAAGAAAAACCUUAAAGAGCAUGUUCUUAAACAUUCUGGAUUGAAACCAUUCAUUUGUCAAGUUUGCAAUUUUGCUACUAAUGACAAAAGUAACCUUAGGUCACAUCUUGCAAAACAUUCAGAAAAUCGUCCUAACCUUUGCCAUACAUGUGGCUCAUCAUUCCGCGAGGCACGUUCCUUAAAGUCUCAUAUGCUUUCCCAUAGUGAUGCGAAAGCCUACAAGUGCUCGUCUUGUGAUUGUUCUACUCGUUACAAGUCUUCAUUAAAAUCACAUAUGCGAUCUCAUCAUGGAGCAGGAGCAGAGAAAGAGAUUGUAAAUUAUAGUACAGACAAUAGUGGAAAUAUUGAAAAUAAACUACAAGAGGUUAAUGAGAUCUAUGUGGAGACAAUGGACAUCACUAAUGAAAAUUUUGACGAGAAACAGUAUUAUAUGUGUCAAGAGUGUAGCUAUGUUAUUGAUGACAAAGCCAUCUUUGACUCUCACACCUGUUUUUCUUCUCCUCUCUCUCAAACAGCUACGUCUCUUCUGGAUGGUGGAAUGGUUAUCCAGAUCAUAGAAAACACUUCAGAUUUGUCUCCUGUUCUUCAAAAACAAUAACUUUUAUUAAUUAUUACCUUAUUUUGAAUUAACUUUCAUAUAAAAUGAUAUAAUUUCAUAA